UACACUUAAAUAGUUUGGCGUUUAGCAAAUAAAGUAAAUCAAAGGUGAAGUAAUUCAUCCAAAUGCAAUCAUCCAAACACUACUGGAAAUGCAAGGUGAAACGGUUAUAAACAAGGAGGCGUAUUCAUACAGACCUAAUGUGACCACUCCUCUCUGUCAGGCUUCCGUGUUUACACACCCACAAAAAAAAAAAAAAAAAAAAAAAAAAAAACAGGACACUAGCGGCGGUCGGACGAAAUGUUUACCGAGCAAGCAUAGAGUGUUGGUGAGGAAAGUGACAGACACACUGGAGGCUCGGUGUAUGGUGAAAACACAGGUGAUUUCGGCUUCCACGGUUGCAUUUUUACAGCGGAAUGUUCACUCGAAGGGGGCAUGGAGACGUCAAGAAAUCUACACAGAAAGUUCUGGACCCAAAGAAGGAUGUACUGACCCGGCUGAAACACCUCCGGUCACUGCUAGAAAUCAUUGACAAGAGUGAACUGAAGGCAUUCUUCGAGAGCAACUGUUCGCAGAUUUAUUUUAUCUUCUAUGAAAAUUUCAUUACACUGGAAAGCAACUUAAAACAAAAAGGGAACAAAUCUCAAAGGGAGGAGCUGGACUCUAUCCUCUUUAUUUUUGAAAAAAUUCUACAACAUCUGCCUGAGAAAAUCUACAACCGGUGGCAGUUUCACAGUAUAGGUUCUAUUCUGAAAAAGCUUCUACACACUGGAAAUUCAUUCAAGAUCCGUUGUGAGGGGAUCCGUCUCUUCCUGCUGUGGCUGCAGGCCCUGAGGGACAACUGUGCUGAGGAGCAGUUCCUUAUCUUUGCCUGUCUGGUGCCAGGAUUCCCUGCUGUGCCCUCCUCCAGAGGGCCCUGCACCCUUGACACCAUCAUUUACAACCCCUUCUCCAACCCCCCUGAUGCCAAGGUGGUGCCUGAAGAGAUUACCCCCCUGGUUCCGGCUGUGGUAGGAGAAAAGGUUGCAGAUGACCAGACGUGUUACAUCCUGGAAACCCUGCUCAAGUUCAUGGUUAUCCAGGCAUCCAGUUUAGAAUGGAAGAACAAAGAGAACCAGGACACAGGCUUCAGGUUUCUCUUCAGCCUGUUCAAGAAGUACUACCUUCCACAUUUAUUCCCCUCCUUCACCAAGCUCACAAAUCUCUACAAGCCUUUAUUAGACCUCCCCCAUCACAGACCAAAACCCUUGUAUGUGCCAGUGACGCGGAACAAUGAGAGCACCUUCUGCACCAGGGACCAGUACCUGGCACCCCGUGUGGCCUUUAUCACCUGGCUGGUCACCUUCUUCCUGGAGAAGAAGUAUGUCAGCAGUGCUGCUGCGGCGCAGAGCGCCAAGAACGGCACCGAGGUCAUUCCCAAACUCAUCCAGACUGUCACUGCAGGCAGUAGCAGCCAGGAGAAGGAGAAGGAUAAGACAUCAGAUGGGGAUACGAACGGGCCAGCGGGGGAGCCUGAGAAGAGCCACUCCAACAGCAGCACGCUGUCUGAUCGACGGCCCAGCGAUUCCAGUUUGUGUAGCAUUGAGGAGGAGCAUCGCUAUGUCUAUGACAUGGUGCAUGCCAUCCUGCUCUCCACAAGGGACAAUGUGAAUUUUGUCAACGAGGUCUUCCACCAGGCUUUCCUGCUGCCGUCCUGCGAGGCAUCAGCAACCAGGAAGGUGAUCAAAGUGUACAGGAAGUGGAUCCUGCAGGAGAAGCCCAGCUUCAUGACAGAGCCUGACAAAACUACACAGCAAGAUGAAGUGGAUGACAGCUCUGAACAGAUACUCAACACAGAGAACAACAGCAUUCAUGCACAGAUGUUGGAGAGUCAUGGUCACAGACGGACAUCCAGCUGGGGGAGGACCUACUCAUUUAGCAGCGCCAUCAGUCGGGGCUUCCUCACAGAGGCGCAGAACAGGGACGUCAAGGCUGGCAUCCAGCCCACACUACAGGUGUUCCUGACCAAUUCAUCCAAUGUGUUCCUGCUGGAGCCGUGCCAGGAUGUACCUAAACUCCUGGAUAACCAGGUUGAGGUGUGCAAGUGUGUUCUCAGCAUCUACCGGCACAUGAUCAUGGAGCACACGAUGAACACACAGACAUGGGAGCAGAUGUUGCAGGUACUACUGAGGAUAACUGAGGCGGUGAUGAAGAGGCCACAGGAAAACCAAAGAAAAGACCACUUUGCUGAAAGUUUGGCCUCUAUACUCUUCAGGACCAUCAUCGUGGCAUGGGUGAGAGCCAACCUGUGCGUAUUUAUCUCCCGGGAGCUAUGGGACGAGCUGCUGGCAGUGCUGUCGUCUCUUACCUGCUGGGAGGAGCUGGUGACAGAGUGGGCCAGCAUCAUGGACUCGCUGACGGCUGUGCUGGCACGCUCAGUUUAUGGCCUGGACAUGGCCAGCCUGCCUCUGGACAAACUCAGUGAGCAGAAGGAGAAGAGGCAGCGAGGACGUGGUGUAAUCCAAGACUCCCAGAAGGCAGCAGCAGUAGCACGCUCCUUUUCACUCAGUUGGAGGAAUCAAGGGGAGCAGGGCGGGCCGGGAGUUCAGGAACCCAUGAGGAUUCGCUCUGCCACCACAUCAGGAGCUCCUGGUGUAGAGAAGGCCCGUAACAACGUCCGACAGAAGGCCUCUGAUGUGGAGGAGUGUCAGCUGUCAGAAUGUGGGGCAGAGGAGGAGCUGGGAGGCGGAGAUAGCCCUCUGCCACGUAGCAGCAGCACCUCAGACAUCACCCAACAACUGUCUGACACUUUACCAGCCCAGAAGAGAGAGUACUCCCCUACUUCCUGUGGCUCCGAUAGCAGGACAUCUGAGGGAAGAAGAGAGAACAGUGAGCCACCAGUGAUCCUCAUCCAGCGGAGCAGCAGUCCAGCUGAGGCAGAGUGCAAUUCUGACGGACACACAAACUACACAAGGCCUAAGCUCAGAGAGAAAAGUGAGAGUUUAAGCAGCGAGACAUCCAAUGGCUACCUCAAUGAAGCUGAGGUUACCUGGCAGGCCUUUGAUGAGGAGGCUGACACUCAGUCCACCCAGUCGGCCCACAUGGACGUGACAACCGACCCCCAGAGCCAGGGGAGUCUGCUGCUCAGCCACAAUGAGGCUCUAGCAGGUCCUGAGUGUGCCCUCCCUCCCCACUCUGCACCCCCGUCCUACCACCACAACCACUACCACUACCCCCAGAACCCCCCCGCCUCACCAGCCCUGCUGGUGCACACUGAGUGCCCGCGGGACUGCCCCCUGGACGACACCAUGCAUCAGUCUGUCUUACACAUGCCACACCACUUGGACAGCAGUGAGUGUCUGGCUGAUGAUGUCAGCAUCAUUGCGGGUGGGACCCUGACUGGUUGGCACGCUGAUUCGGCCUUUGUCCUAUGGAGGAGGAUUUUGGGUAUCCUCGGAGAUGUCAACAGUAUCCGCUGCCCCAAAAUCCAUGCCAAGGUCUUCUCCUAUCUCUAUGAGCUCUGGCACAAGCUGGCCAAGAUCCGAGACAACCUUGGGAUCAGCGUGGACAACCAAUCGUCUCCUCCCCAGCCUGCCUUCAUCCCUCCUCUCCGAAUGCUCGCCUCUUGGCUCUUCAGGGCCACCAUGCUACCAACGGAGUACAAGGCUGGUAAACUGCAGGCCUACAAGCUGAUUUGUGAAAUGAUGACCAGGCACCAGGAUGUCCUCCCCAACAGUGAUUUCCUAGUGCACCUCUACCACAUCAUGCACAAGGGCUUCAUUAGCGGUGAUCAGGAUGUUUUGAACACCAUCAUCCGUUCCUGCUCCCCUCGAUUUUUCUUCCUUGGCCUGCCAGGCUUCACCAUGCUGGUUGGAGAUUUUAUCACUGCUGCUGCCUGCGUUCUCAGUUCUGACUCCUCAGAGGCUCCCAGGAUGGAGGCUCAGACAAUUCUGGGCUCCUUAGUGUGUUUCCCCAACCUUUACCUCCAGAUUCCAAUACUGAAGACCGUGUCUGGCUCUGACGACGUCGUUGUAGGCAAUGAGGACAUCAAGGAUUAUCUGGUCAACAUCCUGCUGGAGACGGCAACAAAGGAACACUGUGAAGGGGCCAGGUGUAUUGCUGUGUGCAGUCUGGGUCUGUGGGUAUGUGAGGAGCUGAUGCAAAAGGACAUCCACCACCUGGUCAAAGAUGCCAUCAACGUCUUGGGAGUAACACUAAAGUUCGGGAACAAAGCAGUAGCUCAGGUAGCCUGUGACGUGUUUCAGCUGCUCAUCUCUCACUGGGAACAUCUCCAAAGGUUGGAUCCCACUCUGCCUAAGAAAAUAAUUGAGAUCUUUGUGGCCACAAUAGCCUUUUUGUUGCCAAGCGCAGAGCACUCAACAGUGGAAGCAGACAAAAAGUUGAUGGUGUCAUUGCUGCUCUGCCUGUUGGACUGGUGCAUGGCCGUUCCCCUGAGUCUGCUGCUGGAACCCAUCACCAUGCCUUCGCUGGAGGCCCCACUACUGGACUACAUCUACAGGGUGCUGCACUGCUGUGUGUCCGGCUCCACCCUCCACACCCAACAGAGCCACUACCUCCUGAGCCUGUCAGACUUGUCCACUGAAUACGACCUCAUGUUGGGUCAGGUUAAGAGCUUCGAGCCGCCACCCUCCCAGACUAACACCAACGACUUCGGUAACUUGCUCACCGUGGCUGAGGAAAAGCGGCGUCGUAACAUGGAGCUGAUUCCUCUGACAGCGCGGAUGGUCAUGACACACCUGGUGAACCACCUGGGCCAUCAUCCACUGAGCGGCGGCCCCGCCCUCCUCCAUAGCCUAGUGAGCGAAAAUCACGACAACCCAUACGUGGAGUCGUCCGAGCUCUCCUCCGAGGUCUUCAAAAGCCCCAACCUGCAGCUAUUUGUCUUCAAUGAUACCACGCUGGUGUCCUACCUGCAGAUCCCUGCCGAGACCCCCACUGUCGGACAGCCCCCCCAUCCUUCCUCCCAAGUGCGCGUCAUUGUCCGUGACAUCUCGGGCAAAUACUCAUGGGACGGCGCAAUCCUCUACUGCACCACCCAGGAAGACUCUGUCGAUAUGGGAGUUUUUAAUGCAGUAGAUCGCCCUCUUUCUACCACCACUACGGUCACACACAGCAGAAACAAGCCCACCUCUCCAGCAAAGGGACCUUAUAAAAAUCAUAGCUCGAUCUUGGACUCUCUCUCUGACUGUUGUGACGAGGAGGAGGUAGACGUUCUGGAUAAGCUUUUAGAGGACCUGGGUCACAGCAGCCCAGAAUGCUUACCACAGCCGCAACUCAGGCUCAACCAGCCAGCUUCCUCGCCCUGUGGCAUGAACCUAGAGCAAGAGAGCGCAAUCCUGGAGGCCAUUCUCCGUCAGACUCAGCAGGAGGAGGAGCAAGUGAGGAGGUGGGAUGCUGAUGUCAGCUUUCGGGCCGCCAGCCAGAGAGAACCUUCCCACCAGGAACCAAAAGCUCCUUUCUACUUCUGCCGGCUGCUGCUUAAUGACCUUGGCAUGAACUCUUGGGACCGGAGGAAAAGCUUCCAUUUGCUGAAGAAAAACUCCAAACUCUUAAGGGAACUGAAGAAUUUGGAUUCCAGGCAGUGUCGAGAGACGCACAAGAUUGCUGUGUUCUACAUCGGAGAAGGCCAAGAAGACAAGUGCUCCAUCUUGUCCAACAGCGCAGGCAGCCAGGCCUAUGAGGACUUUGUAUCUGGACUUGGAUGGGAGGUGGACCUGGCCACACACUGUGGCUUUAUGGGCGGCCUCCAGAGGAAUGGCAGCACAGGUCUAACAGCUCCGUACUACGCUACCUCCACCGUGGAAGCCAUCUUCCACGUCUCCACACGCAUGCCAUCUGAUUCUGAUGACAGCCUCACCAAAAAGCUGCGUCACCUGGGAAAUGACGAGGUGCACAUAGUGUGGUCAGAGCACACCAGGGACUACCGACGUGGCAUCAUCCCAACUGACUUUGGAGACGUGCUGAUUAUCAUCUACCCGAUGAAGAACCACAUGUAUUUCAUUCAGAUCAUGAAGAAACCACAGGUUCCUUUCUUUGGGCCUCUGUUUAAUGGCGCCAUCGUCACUGGGACGCUUCUGCCAAGCUUAGUGCGGGCCACCUGUAUCAAUGCCAGCAGAGCCGUCAAGUCCCGGCUGACUCUCUACCAGAGCUUCUAUGAGGAGCGGGCGCUCUACUUGGAGGCCAUCGUGCAGAACCACAGAGAGGUCAUGACCUUUGAAGACUUUGCCUCGCAGGUCUUCUCCCCGUCUCCUGGCUAUCCAAUGAGUGGGACAGGCUCCUUCACCGGCAGCACGAGCACCGAAGCCAGCGCCGUCACAGCGACGACGGACUCUGUCGACCAGGUCUCUCCCACCAUGCCCCGUGCCACAAAGAACCGAGUUUCCGGAAAACUCCGCCGAUCAGCCAGCGCUAUAAGCAAAUCCUCCAACUGAGCUCUUCAACCCGUCCCCUCCUCCCCUCCUCCCCCUCCUCUCCCCCCCCCCUUCCUCCUCAAGUGCAGCCUUUAAUCUUUUCUCGAAGAACCUCACACACCCAGCCGUGACUGCAAGAGUUUUUUUUUUUUUCUUUUUUGGCGUGUUUUCUUUUGUGUCAUAUAAACAUGUAACUAGAGCAUAUUGCAAUUUUUAAUUUAAGUGGCAAUCAUUGAUUUUGUUGAUACAUUUCCAUUCCCAACUGCUUCGAGAUGGACAUGAGACUAAGCUAUUUAUGUUCAUCCUCAUGGAUUCAGCUUAAGAAUCAGCAACAUAGGAAGACUUGACUGAAAAGUCUUAAAGCAACCUGUGAUAAAAAUGUCUUUUUUUUUUUUCUCAAUUUCUAGUGCAGCCGUGAUUCACUAGAGAAAAAAAAACAAAGUUCUUACUGUAGUAAGGGAAUGGGAGACUGCUUUAUCCUGUUUCUAUAUCUCAUCUAUGUCAACACUUAAUGUAACAAAGCACUGAAUGACACAGCUGUAAAUGGCAUCAUGCUAAAGCUGCACAAGAGAUUGGUUUCCAUUUAUAAAUGUGUCUGCCUUCUUACCUCCUUUUUGCAUCUGCCACAACCUUUCUGUGACAAAGGCACCACUUCUGUUGGUGACAGGACAAUGUUGAAGUCUUCAGUCGUUUUCCCGCUCGUUGUCCUGCACCAUCUUCCUACAGCGGAAAAAGGAGGAAAGACUGAUGCACGAGGGGGGGAAUACCUCCCCGCAAUGAUUUGUACUCACGACACUACUACACAGACUUCCCGACUACGGAGUCCCUGUAGUACGUGCAGUCGGAGGCUUUUUAAUUGUUUUGAACCCAGAGUGGACAAUCAAUGACAUCUUUCUAACUUGAGCUGAAUUGAAAUUUGUUUUUGUCUUUUUGUUUUUUUUUUUCGUUUUGUUUUUUUUAUCACUCUAAUUUUCCUUUUUAAAUGAAUUCCGAUGGAUUGUGUCACGAUUUGAUUUAUGCAACUCUGCUGGAAUGAGAAAAGACUGCGUUUGUAAUUGUUUUCUGAUGUCGUUAACAUAGGCUCAUGUCCGGUAAUUGAAUAAGUUCCUCCUGUCUCUUUCCUCUGCUAUCAGUUUCCCUGUCCUGUGAAGCUGAGACAUUGACAUUCCAACGUUCCCACCAACGUUUUUGCACUCACUGUCGUUGAUUAACUAGCGCCGAAUGUUUCUCUCUGUUCUUGGAUGUAAAUUGCUUUAAGUUUUAUUUGCUGAUGUCUGUUUGCUAGAUGUAUAUAGAGAGUACUAUUUGAUGAA